UGAUCUAAGAGUUUUAAUGGUAUCUAACCCAAUGCAGGCAAAAUAACAACACGUAAACAUAACAUAGAUGCCAGACGCUUUUUGUGAGUAAAGCUUAAGAAAAAACAAGUGUAAUCCAGGUGUAUUUUGACUUGCUGACCUUGUAUCAAUACGAUGCACAAAAGACAGUAUUCAGACAAUAUUGGAUCAAGACCCAGAACCAUGGCAGUUUGUGCUAAUUGUGGAUGCUCCUGUGAUGGGAAAAUCGUGGGAGAUGCAAGUCACAGCCUUGACCUACAGCACCAGAUCGAGGAGCUGAUGAGUCGACUGCGACAGAGUCAAGUUAACAUGGCCAACAUGCAGACCGAGUAUGAUGACCGCCUGCAAAAGGCUAACUACGAACUGCUCAAGCUACGGGAAGAGUUCGUGAAACUGAGAGACAGAUAUGAAAGGUUGAUGGAAAGUCACAAAAGAAUGCAGAAAAUUAACAAUAAUUUGGAAAAUAAAAUUUUGAAUACGGUGAACAGCUCAGAGUCUGAUAAGACAUCUCUCCAGAACGAGGUAGCCAAAAUGACGUCCAAACUUGUGGAAGCAAAAACAUUGAUCUGCGAACUGGAGGAGGAGAAUGAGAGGUUCAGAUCGGACUGCAGUUUAGCCGUACAUCUGCUCCAGUGCAAACCCAGCAACUUUGUAGGGCAGAGAUUGCCUUCUUUGCCUAUAGAUCUCCAAGAGCGCAUAAAGACUCAAAUGACAAGUGAGCAACUCAUGAACCUACGAAAUGCUAAACCUGAAACGCCAAAGCUUAUCCACAUUCCUAUGCAGACUUUCCCGCCCACUGCCAUGGUUUACUCGGUCCCUAAUCCAGCCCCUAAGGACCAUGAGCAGGAUCCUUUGAUGGUUCCUGUGAGCCUCAUAGCAAAGGUGCUUGCACCCCCAGAAAUGAGGCAGCGACAGCUACGGACUUAUUUCUGUGUUAAGUGUAAGGAGGACUAUCCAUAUGCAAAUAAAGAGACACAAACAUGCGUACUGGCUUUGCAGGACGGAGAUAAACAUGUGAAAGGUGCGGUUAAGGUGCAUAGGAAAGUCAGGCAUCAUUCGAAUUCGUCAUUGGAAAGUGAUGUGACGUUCUCGCCUUGAGGCUUCAACAAAUGCAUGCUUAACCUUUUUAUUAUGCCCCCGGAUCAAAUGAUCGGGGGUAUAUUGUUUUUGGCCUGUCUGUCUGUCUGUCUGUCAAUGUAUGUAUGUGUCUGUCCCAAAAGUUUAACCUUGCUCAUAACUUUUGCAAUAUUGAAGAUAGCAACUUGAUAUUUGGCAUGAUGUGUAUCCCAUGGAGCUGCACAUUUUGAGUGGUGAAAGGUCAAGGUCAUCCUUCAAGGUCAAAGGUCAAUAUAUGGCUUCAAAGCGCAGUAGGCAGCAUUAUGUUUUACAAACGCUCAUUUUUUAUAUGGUUAUGCGAUAAUUUUGUUUAUGCAAUGGUUAAGGUGUUGAAAAUAAUUUAUUUUCAUGUUUCAAGCAGGAAUAUUAUUUCAACCUCUUUAAUGUUAUUAUUUUAUUUGUUUUCAAGAAGCAUUUAAUGACCUUCAAAACAUGCCAAAAUUUGUGAAAAGGCCCCUUUAACCAUUUACCAAUUAAAUUUGUAUUUUGAUGCAUUUGUUGUCUCUUAGAAAGUUAAAUUUAAUGAAAGACCUGUUUUACAAGAUUCAAGUUUUUAAGGCUUCAUUUCCAAUCCUUUGAUACUGAAGAGCAGCAAACAGCAUAAAACCUAAACAGACUGCGAGUUACUCGCAGGCUGUUCUGUUUUUCUGCUGUUUGCACAUAGCCAUUUUCACUUUGCUUCUGAGUGGGAAAGGGUUAAUACAGGUCUAUUAAUGCAUGAUGGUGUUUUUAUCAAAACUUUAAUUUAUUGUUAAUUUUGUUGAUUAAGAAUGAUACAUUGUUAGCUCACCUGAUUGCUCAGGUGAGCUUUUCUGACCGGUCUUUGUCCGUUGUAUGUCUGUCCGUCUGUAAACAUUUCUUCCUAAACACUCUAGAAGCCACAUUUCUUGUCCCAUCUUCAUGAAACUUGGUCAAAAGCUUUGCCCCAAUCAAAUCUCGGCCGAGUUCGAAACUGGGUUGUGCCGGGUCAAAAACUAGGUCACUAGGUAAAUAAAAAGAAAAACAUUGUAAACACUGUAGAAGUCACAUUUUAUGUUCAAUCUUCAUGUAACUUUGUCAAAAUGUUUGUCUUAAUGAUAUCUUGAUUGAGUUCAAAAGUGGUUCCUGUGUGUUGAAAAACAUGGCCGCCAGUGGGCGGGGCAGUUUUCCUAAUUUGGCUAUAGAGAAACCUUGUAAACACUCUAGAAGUCACAAUUUUUGCCCAAUCAUCAUGAAAGUUGGUCAAAACAUUGGUUUUAUUGAUAUCUUGGACAAGUUUGAAAAUGGUCGGGAUUGGUGAAAAACAGGCUGCCAGUGGGCGGGGCAUUUUUCUCUAUAUGUAUAUAGUGAAAACAUGUGAACACAGUAGAAGUCACAUUUUUGGCCCAAUUUUCAUGAAAUUUGCUCAGAACAUUUGUUUCCUUGAUACGAGAGUUGAGUUCAAAUAUGGUUCCGGUCAGUUGAAUAACAUGGCUGCUGGGAGGGGGGCAGUUUUCUCAUUAUGUCCCCCCCCAUUCGUAGAAGAGGGCGUAUAUUGUUUUGCUCAUGUUGGUCCGUCCGUCCACCAGAUGGUUUUCGGAUGAUAACUCAAGAGCGUUUAUGCCAAGGAUCAUGAAACUUCAUAGGUACAUUGAUAAUGACUCGCAGAUGACUCCUAUUGAUUUUUAGGUCACUAGGUCAAAGUUCAAGGUCAAGGUCAUGAUGACCCGAAAUAGUAAAAUGGUUUCCGGAUGAUAACUCAAGAACACUUAUGCCUAGGAUCAUGAAACUUCAUAGAUACAUUGAUCAUGACUCGCAGAUGACCCCAAUUAAUUUUUAGAUCACUAGGUCAAAGGUCAAGGUAACGGUGACCCAAAGCAGUAAAAUGGUUUCCGGAUGAUAACUCAAGAAGGCUUAUGCCUAGGAUCAUGAAACUUCAUAGCUACAUUGAUCAUGACUCGCAGAUAACCCCCAUUGAUUUUCAGGUUUCUAGGUCAAAGGUCAAGGUCACGAUGAAAACAGUAAAAUGGUUUCCGGAUGAUAACUCAAGAACGCUUAGGCCUAGGAUCAUGAAACUUCAUAGGUACAUUGAUCAUAACUCGUAGAUUACCCCUAUUGAUUUUCAGGUCACUAGGUCAAAGGUCAAGGUCACGAUGACCCAAAAUAGUAAAAUGGUUUCCAGAUGAUAACUGAAGAACGCUUAGGCCUAAGAUCAUGAAAUUUCAUAGGUACAUUGAUCAUGACUCGUAGAUGACCCCUAUUGAUUUUUAGGUCAAAGGUCAAGGUCACGGUGACCUGAAAUAGUAAAAUGGUUUCCAGAUGAUAACUCAAGAGCGCUUAUGCCUAGGAUCAUGAAACUUCAUAGGUACAUUGAUCAUGACUGGAAGAUGACCCCUAUCGAUUUUUAGGUCACUAGGUCAAAGGUCAAGGUUGGGGUGACCUGAAAUAGUAAAAUGGUUUCUGGAUGAUAACUCAAGAACGCUUAUGCCUAGGAUCAUAAAACUUCAUAGGUACAAUUAUCAUGACUCGCAGAUGACCCCUAUUGAUUUUCAGGUCACGAGGUCAAAGGUCAAGGUCAUGAUGACCUGAAAUAGUAAAAUGGUUUCUGGAUGAUAACUCAAGAACGCUUAUGCCUAGGUUCAUGAAACUUCAUAGGUAUAUUGAUCAUGACUCGCAGAUGACCCCUAUUGAUUAUCAGGUCACUAGGUCAAAUGCCAAGGUCACAGUGCCAAAUAACGUAUUCACACAAUGGCUGUCAAGGUCACGGGGACUCAACUUAGAAAAAUGGUUUCUGGAUGAUAACUCAAGAAUGCUUACGCCUAAGAUCAUGAAACUUCAUAGGUAUGUUGAUCAUGACUCUCAGAUGAAAUAAUGAUGAAACUUGACCAGGAUGUUUGUCUGGACAAUAUCUAGGUCAAGUUUGACAUUUGGUAAAGAUUGAAUGAACGACUCCUCUCAGUUGAGUGAACUAGGGCCAUCUUGGCCCUCUUGUUAUUAAGUUUUAAGAAAAUGGCUAUUAGUUGUUAGGAGUGAAUUUUUUAUCAUAUCAUAUCUAUUAGUGCUCAGCAUUAUAUAUUUUAUUAUCACAAUGCGUGUGUUUUAUAGAGGGAUAUGUCUUAUUAACGGGAAAGCAAGGUUGCAUCAAUAUUAACAGAAGGCAGAUUUCAUUUUUCAGCUGAUUCUAUUAUUAUGUAAGCAAGUUAUUAUUAAGAAUGUUUUAUUUAAAAAACAUUCUUGUACCAUGCUUCUCGUAUAAGCUGUAAAUUUUUAAAAUAAAAGAGCACAAAAUAAGUGUAAUUUACAUAGUCAAAAUGUAAUUAAGUUGCAGGUGAAUAAUCAUUAUCUUAAACUGGUUACUUUAUUAUGCUCCACUAAAAAGAUUUGAAGGGAGUAUAUAGUCCACCGCUUUGUCUGUCCAUGCGUGAGUCCGUGUCUGUCCUUCUGUGCACAAUUUGUCCGGGCUAUUUCUCAGCAGCUAAUGACUGGAAUUCAAUGAAACUUUACGGGAAGCUUCACUACCAAUAGGAGAUGUGCAUAUUAUCAGCAGGUUAUGGUCUGAUGAUUUUUCACCGAGUUAUGGCCCUUUAAAAUUUUCCAUUAACUGUACAUAAAGUGCAAUUCUUGUCCCCCCAACUACUAGACGUUUCCUUUUAUCUGAAUAUAUAGUGCAAUAUUGUGACAAAAAAACACUUUGGGGAGCAUCACCCGUCUCCGACGGUUUUUUGUUUUACUACUUUCUGGACGAUUUUUUACUUUCAAAUAUGUUCUCUUUUAUUCAAAGAGCUUAAUAAAACCACUUUUCUUUCAUUUGCCAAAUGGAAUUAUAGGAUAUAUGUGGAUAAUGGUGUAAUUAUAAAUGUUAACUUUUGUGUAAGCUGCGACAAUAUUGUUAGCCAUUUAUAAAUGAUAUUACAUGGGUACUCCUUCAAAAGGUAUUUGAGGGAUUAAGAAGAAAAAAAACACAUUAUCUUGUCAAUCAAAACAAAACUGAUUUCUGUCCAAGACGCAAGUCUUAAUACAAGUGUUAUUAAAAUAUGUGUCUUGUGUGUGAAAGCUGGUCAUGAUGCAUGUGCGUAAAGUGUCGUCCCAGAUUAGCCUGUGCAGUCCGCACAGGCUAAUCAGGGACGACACUUUCCGCUUAAAUGGUAUUUUCCAUUUAAAAGAAGUCCCUUUUUACCGAAAAUCUAGUUUAAGCGGAAAGUGUUGUCCCUGAUAAGCCUCUGCAGACUGCACAGGCUAAUCUGGGACGACACUUUACGCACACGCAUUAUGACCAGUUUUCUCAGAACACGACACAUUAAAUAAUGUAAAUGAGCCUUGCUCUUGAAAAAGGGUCUGAAUGCAUGUCGGUAAAGUGUUGUCCCAGAUUAGCCUGUGUAAUCUGCAUUGGUAUAUCAGGAAUGACACCGUCUAUUGUAUUUAUCAUUUAAAAGAAGCAAAAAGUCUGUUACAGCAGAAAGUGUCGUCCCAGACCAGCCUUUUAAACUGCACAGGCUGAUCUGGAAUACACUUUAACCCUUUAAGUGCGGGAACCGAAUUUUGAAGGCCUUUGCAAACAGUUUGGAUCCAGAUGAGACGACACAGAACGUGGCGUCUCAUCAGGAUCCAAACUGUUUGCUAUUCUGAUAGUAUUCUUCGAAAAAAAUCUAAGAAAAUGCUAAUUUUAGAAAUUCAGCAGAUUACAUUUUAGCAGACGACAAAUUUCCCAGCAUGCAAAGGGUUAAGUACAUACAAUAUGCUCAAUUUUCCCAGAGCGAGCCCAAAUAUCAUAAUGUACAUAUAAGGGGUGUGUAUCAAAAUAUUGCUAUAAACAAAUAUGCGGGCUUGCUUAGCAUUUAAUGUGUGGGCUUGCUAAACAUUUAAUAUGUGGGCUUGAUAAACAUUUAAUAUGUGGGCUUGAUAAACAUUUAAUGUGUGGCAUUGCUGAACAUUUAAUGUGUGAGAUUGCUUAACAUUUAAUGUGUGGGCUUGCUAAAUAUUUAAUGUGUUGGCUUGCUAAACAUUUAAUAUGUGGGAUUGAUAUACAUUUAAUGUGUGGGAUUACUAAACAUUUAAUGUAUGGGAUUACUUAACAUUUAAUGUGUGGGAUUGCUAAACAUUUGAUGUUUGGGCUUACUAAACAUUUAAUGUGUGGGAUUGCUAUUUAUUUAAUUAUUUAGUAAGUGUAUGGCAUGCUUUUUGCUCAAUAAAUUUGAUUUUACAGGUCAUGUUUUGAUAUUUUUUUUACAAAUAAAUGAGUGAAAAUAUGUAUGAAUUAAAAAUAUAUAUUUGAGAAUAGAACUUAAAUUAUGUAUUAUAAUAUGUAUAGUUUUCUACAGCAAAGUGAUAUAUGUUUACAUUUUGGUGGUGUGCAGAUUAAAUUAUGUCUGCUGAACAAACUUCUUAAAUGGUUUAGUGCGUGAACACUUUAUUUAUUUGCUCUCUGGCUUGCUGUUCAUAAUUCUAAAUGAUCAGAUGCCAUAGUUUUGUGAUUUACCUUGUUUGGUUUUGUUGAAAGUAACAAUUUAAAGCCAUAAUUUUAGCUUGAAUUACUACAAAAUGCAUAUGAUGAGCUUUUGUGUUUGCCUUUCGGUAGUUGUUCUUUCGUAAAAGUUUACCUUUUGAUCACUAUAGGCCACAUGUACUGCCCUUAAGUAUAUUUUGGCCUGGUUCUUAAUUCAACAGGAUCAAUAUAAGGUCAAAAGAAAGAGCUUGAAACACCACAAAUUCUUCAAUUCAAAUGAAACAUGCACACAACAUUUGUUGUAUGAUAUCUAGGCUGAUCUUAAAUAUGGUGUAAUUGAAAACAUAGCUGCCAGUAUGCGUGGCAGUUUUCCUUAACCCUUUCAGUGCGGGAACCGAAUUUUGAAGGCCUUUGCAAACAGUUUGGAUCCAGAUGAGACGCCACAGAACGUGGCGUCUCAUCAGGAUCCAAACUGUUCGCUAUUCUGAUAAUAUUCUUUGAAAAAAAAUCGAAGAAAAUGCUAAUUUUAGAAAUUCAGCAGACAACAUUUUAGCAGAAGACAAAUUUCCCAGCGUUCAAAGGGUUAAAUUGCUUUGGUGAAACCUCGUGAACACUGUACAAGGUACAUGAUUGGUCCAAUCCUAGUAAAUCUUGCUGAGAACAUUUCGCCCCCCCGCCCCCCCCCCCCCCCCCCCCCC